AAAAAGCCCUUCCCCUUUCCUUCCCAGGGCUCAUUCCCCUCCUCUCUCUCUCCCCUCAGAUCUGGACAUGGCCAGGGAACCCAAGCCGAGCCGGGCCAGGCUGGGCCAGAAGCGGCAGCACGGCAGCAGCCUGUACCAUAACUGUGACCUGGACUACGACCUCUACAGGGACGACUUCCCGUACCGGGUGUACGAGUACCAGAAGAUCCCCCCCCUCAUUAACCGCAUCCCGGUCAAGGCCAGAAGAAGUCACGUGGGGGCAAGAAGCAAAAGCAGCCUGAGCCCCCAGCCCGGGGCCAGGAGCAGCAGCAGCUCCGCGGUGGGACGGACGAAGCUGGGAGCUGAAGAGCUGCACUCCAUCAAGGGGGAGCUGAGCCAGAUCAAGGCGCGGGUGGACAGUCUGCUGGAGAGCCUGGACCGCAUGGACCAGCGGAGAGAACGUCUGGAAGGGCCCAAGGAGAGCGAGAAGAAGAGGGCAGAGACGGGGGCAGAGUCACCGUCCCCAGCGGGAGAGGGGUCACGGGAGGCCCGGGGGAAGGAGGGGACGGGAGCUGAUGGGCACAGCGACCUGCGCAACAUCGACAGCGCCGAGGAGGAGGAAGAGGAGGAGAGCACAGACACAGAGGAGAUGGUGAAGACCCACGUGUCGGACCCCGAGGGGAGCCAGUAGACGGAGGGGGGUCCCGGGGCCAGCCCUUUCCCCUCUCGCCUUCCUUACUUCUUUCCGAGGCUUCCCAGCUGGUGCCACAGGGUUGCUGUGAGGUGCCCGCUCCCCACAUGGGCACCCCCCUGCCGCCGGCAGCCUCGCGUCCCACCAGCCCGGGCCGGAGAAGUCUUUGUGUCCCAGUGGCGCUUGUUUUCUCCUUUUUUCCUCCUGUUUUCAGCCCUAGAGGAAAAAAAAAAAAAAAAAGGAUCAUAUCCCAAAGGAUUAUCCCAAAUCUUGGCUGCUUGAAGAGCUGGCACCCCCCUACACACACACCCAUAGGGUGGAGAAAGCCCCCCAACCCUGAGGGCACGGGUCGCAUCCCAACCUCUCCUGCCCCGCGAGCCCACCCCGCUGCCUCCCCGCAUCAGAAUUCCCCCAGGAAUGGGAUCAGCAGCCACGGGUGCAGCCUGGGAAGGCUUUGGGAGCCGCUUGGCAUCCCACCACGAUGCCACAGGAAGGAGGGGAUCACCCCGAGACAGCUCUGAGGGGAUUUUGUGGGAUUUGGGGAUGGUGCCGAGCCCAGCUCUGACGCCAGCAGCAGGGCAGCACAAACCCAGUUGCUCCCAGUCACCCCUCAUGGGUUUUCCUUACUGGUUCUCAGCCGCAGACGGUGUCUGUGGCCAGCAGGACUCUGCCAGGGCUCCUGUGCCCGAGAAGUCACGGUGUGUCCCCCCCAUUCUCCCCAUCUCGGGGAGUCACAUCUCAGUUUGGUGUCCCCCGUUUCUAGGUGGCCCUACUCUCACUGGUAGGAGCUCAUUCCGUACUUCUGAUUUGCUCUGGCAAAAAGAGUGUUUUGUGUUGGAAAGAAAAAUAAUUUUUAUUUCUUUUCUCUGGUUA